GGAGGCAGAGCUGGGUAGAGAAGCUGGGGAGCGAGACAGAGCCCCGGACGGAGAGAGGGAACGAACCAGGGCCGAGAGAAGAGAGAGAAGGUACAAAGGACUGCGGGAGGUUGGGGGGGGGGGUCUGGAUUAGACCCAGACAGAGGGGAGGAAAGACAGCAGGAGAAAGGGGCCGACGGAGAGAGAGAAAAGGAACGAAUCCGAGAAAAAGGAGAGAGAGAAAAUCAGCAAGAGACAGAAACCCAAGAAAGCAACAAAUAGGCGGAGAGGGGAAUGAAGUAGAAAGUGACUAACGGAGAGAAAGAAACGAAGGAACAAAUUGGCGUGAAAAAGAGGAAGAGAGGCAAGAAGAAGUGGCAGACGCAGCCUGCGAGGAAGGAAGGAACGAGAGAGAACAAGAGAGAAACAAAUGAGAAAGUGACUGAGGGCGCAGAGGUUUGAGCGAGUGGUGAGCAGAGGGAGAGAGGCGAAGGAGCGAGCGAGGACCGAGAGGUGAAGGAGCGAGCCAGGCGCGAGUGGAGGGAGAGAGGCGAAGGAGCGAGCGAGGACCGAGAAGCGAAGGAGCGAGCGAGAGGCGAGCGGAGGGAGAGAGGCUAAGGAGCAAGCGAGGCCCGAGAGGCGAAGGAGCGAGCGAGAGGCGAGCCAAGGGAGAGAGGCGAAGGAGCAAGCGAGGCCCGAGAAGCGAAGGAGCGAGCGAGAGGCGAGCGGAGGGAGAGAGGCGAAGGAGCGAGCGAGGACCGAGAGGUGAAGGAGCGAGCGAGAGGCGAGCGGAGGGAGACAGCACACCAUGUCGCAGGGGGGGUUCUACGAUUGCGAGAGGGCCCCCCCGCGGCCCAUGGCGUCAGAGCUGGGGGCACUCGGGGAGCACGAGGGCUCCAUCGAUCUGGCUGCCUACAUUGGCGAUGAGCAGCUGCUGUCGGAGCUUCUGCAGGGCCCCCCGCAGCGGGCGCCGAAGAGCACCCCCUUCCCGGGCUACCUGCAGGGGGAGCCCUGGGGCUACGGGAGCCCCCACAAGGGCUACAGCGCCCUGGUGAAGGAGGAGCCACGGGGGGCGGAGCCCGGGCGCCGCAGCAGCUACAACCCCCUGCCCUUCCAGGUGGCGCAUUGCGGGCAAACUGCCAUCAGCCUGCCACCGGGGGGCACCGGCCCGGCCCUGCGCACACUCAAGGGUCCCCCUUGCAGCCCAUUGCUGGCCUCGCCGGGCCCGGGGAAGGGGAAGAAGGCGGUGAACAAGGACAGCCUGGAGUACCGGCUGCGCCGGGAGCGGAACAACAUUGCCGUGCGCAAGAGCCGGGACAAGGCCAAGCGGCGGGUGCUGGCGACGCAGCAGCGGGUGCUGGAGCUGGCGGCGGAGAACGAGCGGCUGCAGAGCCGGGUGGCACAGCUGAGCCAGGAGCUCGACACGCUCCGGGCCCUGUUCCGCCAGGUGCCCGAGGCCGCCAUGCUGGGCAAAGGGCUGGGGGCCUGCAGCUGAGCCACCCAAUAAACCCGCUGACACGCCCGGCCUGGUGAUCUGUGGGAGUGGGGCAGGGGGCGCCAAUCGCUGGU